AUGGAUAGCCCUUUAAAUAGCACGCUUGGUGCCAGGCUCAGUGCCUAUUUGGUCAAUGCAAAGGACUUCCAAAGACAAAGAUACAGAGUCAACAAAAGAAUCUUGAAAUUGCGCCAUGAAUUGCACAUUGUGACGAAAGAUACCAAAAACUACCAGGCGAAAGAGAAGACAUCGGGCAUCACACAGGAGCAAUACAGCGAGGAUGACAGGUUUGGAUUGUUGGAGUUGCUUCUUGCAGAAAGAGACAUGCUUUACGCGUUGGAGAUCAAGAGCCUGUUGGAGGUGAAAUCGUCGCAAAAUGUUACUUUGUUGAAAACUAAAAUGAAGCGAGCUUUAACACAUGCCAACAAGUUGAUCAAAUUAACUGAAAAAGAUCAAGAUGCGAAAAAGAGAGUUGAAGUGUACAUAUUUGCCGCGUUGAUUGCCGGCCAGUUAUCCAUCAUUACGAAGCAGUGGUUGAAAGCACUCAAUGCGUUUUCAAUUGCCAAAUGCUGCUUGGAUUAUCUCUACUCGGAGAAUACCGACAAGGACUCUUACAUCAAAACUUUGUGUGCCGAGUUGAUUGAGACUUUGGUCGAUCCUUCGUUGAACUUGGCAGCUGCGCAAUUGAAGAAAGCGGGCGACUUGAAAACUUUAUCGAGAAAAUACUGCCAUGAAGAACUAUUCCCCAGUUUGAGCCCCGCCAUCAGCUUGAUAGACGAAAAGUACACCAAGGACUUGUCGUCGGCACUCCAAUUGAAGAAGGAGGUUGAGUGGAGAGGACACACUGCAGAGAUAUACAAUGACGAGAUUGCAUUCAAGGUCCAAGAGUUGGACCAGGACAAAGAGUGGUUGAAAUACAACGAUGCCAACCAGUUUGACUCGAUAAUAGCAUCAUGGAUAGCCAUAUUGGAUAUGCACAAGAGAGACAAUGAAAAAAACCAAGACGACGACGACUUGGAGCAGAAGCAGAAUCGCGCCAUCUUGUCGACUUUUUUAAACUACAAUCUAUUAUUCACAAAGUUGAAAAGAGACUUGCUUUUGAUUGGAUCGUUGGCGGGCAAAAUCGACAACAACAAGGACAUUAUCAGGUUGUAUGGCGGAAUAAUACAAACAGUUAAGGAGCUCGAAGAAUUGCCCGGUGUUUACAAUGACGACGAUUUGUACUUUUCGCUUCAACACUUGGAGCAAUACUACGAGUUUAAGAAGGAUGUGGUGAUUGCAGAAUGUUACCAGUUUAACAGUAAAUUUGCCGAAAGUUUAAAGAUUUACGACCACGUCAACAAAAACUUGCAAUUUGCUCCUGGAAAAGAAUCUUUUUACAAAGUUGAUUUCCCUUUUCAAGUCAGCAACAAUGAAGAAGUUGCCUUUUUCAAAGUUGAGUUGAAGAAAUUAAUAUUGCAGAACCAGAUAAGCGCCGAGUUUCAACAAACAAAGGAGUUGACUUGUGCCAAGUACACACUUGAAGAUCUCAACAAGUACCCUGCUGGCUUGAAAGCAUUGAAUUUGGAGAAGCUCGAGCCCAUCUUGUGCAAACCGGUUUUGUUUGACAUUGCUUUUAAUUACAUCUCAUACACGGACAAGGUGAAACCAGUGGAAACAGAACCAGAGACAGUUGCCAGUGAUAAUGCUACUCAAAAGAAAGGUGGAUUUUUCGGAAUGUUUCGCAAUAAAUAG